AUGCAAGCGACACCGAGUCAUAUGCUGGUUCCCAUCGACACCCUCACCAGUUCACCAACGUCGAGCACCGGGUCGGCCUCCAUCUUGGACUGGAAUUCUAACUCUGACGGCGAGCUGCUCCAGCUAUCGUCUCCGGGCACCUUAACAGCGACGCCCUCGCCUCCACCUGGUACCCUCUCGCCCUCAAUUGUCUUUUCGUUGCCUCUGGCAGACGAUAGCAGGCUCGAGACGCCGUCGGACCUAGAAGACCCCUUCCUGGAACAGUGGGAGAUGACUGCCCCCUUCUUCAACGAGGAGGCGGGAGCAGCGCCCAUCAUCCGUAGAGGUGACAGCGGUGCUGUGGCUGAUGACGACAACACUGCCCCUGUUGAUUCGGAGGCAGUGAAGCCAAUCAACUCUAUCCUCCCUCAGCCUUGGGAACAAUUAUUUCGAAUCAGAACUGCUUUAGAAUCAUUGUCGUUCUCUUCCUCAGAUGGAAAUCACUCCCCGCGGUUUGUUGAUGAUGAUGGUGAAAGCGCCCCGACCCCAAGCUACACAAAUCCAGAUUCCUCCAUUGCCAGUACCAUAAUUAUGCCUCACUUGCCGGAUUCGUUGGGUUCGGCUUCCAUGGCAACUACCACAAAGACGAGAAAUGGAGGUGUGAUCGAAACCCCGUCAAUUCCUCAUAGUCCAGUGAUUGAAGUGGCCCACCCCACCGUACCCAACCAUAACAUUUCUUCUGCCAUGUCUUCCGACCCCUCCACCACAACUCCAGCUGUAGCGCUGUCCACGGAGGAAGUUGAACCAGAGGCUAUCUCUAUCGGCGAAUACCUCCAACGUAAAGCUCUGUCUGCCGACGACCUGGCUAUUAGAGCACCAAGCCCUGGUGUGGAACCCUCAACGAGGCCCUCAAGUACUAACUCUGGUUUGAGCUACUUCAGUCAGCCCAUCUCUCCCGUCAUCCAAAGUGUGCAUGCCUCUACAGUUGAGGUAAACCAAGGAAAUGACCAGAACCAUAGUAACCACGCCGAUGCCGAAGAAGUCGCCCAGUCAUCCCCUCGCACUACAGAAAGGGCGGCCACGCCCACAGAGCACAGUAUUCUUUCAUGGAAACCUGCUCAGGUUUCACCUAUCUCGGAGAGAGGACAGAUGCCCUAUCACUGCGUAAACAAUCUGCUUUGUCGAUUAACCAGGGAAGAGAAUGCUCCUAUGGUACACUCAAAUAGACCGCCGGUAUGGCCACCUUCUCCUCCACUGUUGUAUCCUAACAGUCCAAAUGAUGAUCUUCCGGCAAAAUUGAGCCCAAGGAAUAGUCCUACAGAGGGUUCUGCUCCUGCUUCUGUGUCCAGUUCUCCUGCAAGCACUCGUCGGGCGCCUAUUCUACCUAGUGUUAACUACGCGAUUCGCAGUGCACCCAUUCCUAGGGUGUCAAAGCCAUCAAUUUCUCGAGGUUCCCGAUUCUCCUUGUCGCCUGAAUUCCCCCGCCACACCAUGCCCGACUUUGAAAUCCUUUCUGUUCAAUCUGAACAGAAUCCAAUGCGCUCGCAAUCUGAGAUGUCGGAUAUCAUAUCAUCGUUUAGGAACUCGGUUAACAUUUCUGCACCUCAUGAGGAACAUGGGUCACCUGUUGGCGUCUCGCGUCCCUUGCCUCGUUCCGCAUUCUCCGCUAGUCCGGAAUCCUUUCAUCAAGAGUUGGAGGUUCCUCAGAGUCCUGUUUCUAGCAUCCCUCAGUGGUUGGCUGAUUCUUCCAGGUCGAGCCAUUUCCGCGCUUCGGAGACGACACCGGCCACUAAUCAUGUACCGAGAUCGAGACCGCCAUUGCCUCCUGUUCCUGUCUCGAAAGUGGAAACUGAACCCACACCACAAUUUGCCCUCCGUUCUGACCUGGCGAGGAGUCCGCAAACUCAACAUGAGUACUUUGCAGAGGCGAUGCCCUCGGGAUGGGGUGUUCGUAUUCUACCUACUCCACCUCCGCCACCUUUCAGUCCUCAGAUAACUGUGGACGAAGCGGUUUGGCAUUCUCCAGCAACGUCAGCCGACACCCCCAUUUCCCCUCCGCCCCCUGCCUUACCUUCUGUUACUUCAUAUAUGCCCUCUGGAACAAAUGAUUGGCAAUGGCCAUCCACUAACCCUCCGCUGAACAACCCUGCUCCUCCACCGAGACCGCCACCUGUUUUUUGUAGCCCCACUUGGCAGCGCACUCCAUUCCAAGGCGGUCAGGGUUCUUCUGCUCAGUAUACAGGCUCAACAUUGCCUCGAGACCGUAAGUUGCCCGCUCCAGCAUCUCCAAACUGGGAGCUACCUCCUCGCAGACUAAGAUUCGCGCCUUUGCCUACGCCAUCCCAAGGGGCGGGCCGGGUUGGCCUCGGUAUCGGACCCACUCCAGUAGCAGUGUCGUUUGGCACCCUACCGUCCUCCAACUUUUACAGCAAUCCGAGUUAUAUAUACCACGGACCAUAUGCGCAUUCGCCUGUAAUACCUCAGCUCUACCCUAACCCCCCUUUGCCCAAUGUGAAUCCGCAGCCAGCUAUCCCAUUGAAUGUUUUCUCCAAUAAUACAUAUCCUUCAAGUAAGAAGUACUGGUUUUCCGAUGCCACCGUUGUCUUCCGAGUUGAGGACUGUUUAUAUAGGGUUCAUCGCCACUUCUUUGAUCGUCAUUCGGACACGUUGAGUAGAAUGUUGGCUACGUAUUGGUUUGACCCGACGAACCAUGUUUUCCUUCCUGACGUUAAGAAGAUCGAGUUCGAACGGCUGCUUUCUAUUUUCUAUCCUACCGACCUUACAAAACCUGAUAUAACGACUGUGUCUGGCUGGACAUCUAUUCUAGCUCUGGGACAGAAGUGGCAAAUGAUCCAAAUUAAAGCACUUGCAAUUCAGAAGCUUGGGCCACUGACUACUGCAGUUGAGAAAAUUGCAAUUGCAAAGAAAUACUCAUUCGGUUCGAACCACGAAUGGCUUCUUCCUGCCUACACCGAACUCUGUUCGAGACGUUCGCCUCUUACAUUAGAGGAGGCCGAAGAGCUGGACCUUCCUACCGUCAUCAAGGUCUGGGAAGUACAGAACAGCAUUCUCAAUUUGACAUACAGAGGCAUAUGCAACGACACACGGAUCUCUGAUUUGGUCAAGGAAAAGUUCGGCUUUACCAGUUAUUCCUUCUGGGAAUUUGGGCCCGACGGAACCCACAUGUAA